UCUUUUCUUAGUAAUCAUAUUAAUGAUAUGAAUAGAAUUUAUUUAUUGACUUUGUUAAUUUAGAGACACACUUGUUUCACCCAAAACAGAGAGAAAGAAAUGGUUCCAUGGAAUUCAUUUCCAUUAGAAAUAAUCUACCAAGUAUUUGGUUGGUUAGCUUUUCUUUCAUGGUCUAUUGCAGGUUACCCUCAACUCAUAUCCAAUUUUCGUAGAAAAAGUGUUGUGGGAUUAAGCUUAGAUUAUACAAUCUUAAACUUCACAAAACAUUGGUCAUAUCUCAUAUACAACGCUUCCCUCUUCUUUAGCCCUGUUAUUCAGAAGCAAUACUUUCAGAAAUAUGGUUAUGGACAGAUGAUUCCUGUGGCUGCUAAUGAUGUUGCUUUCUCCACUCAUGCAGUUAUAAUCAAUUUGAUUGUAUUGUCUCAAUUUGCAAUCUAUGGAAAUGGAACUCAGAAGUUAUCCAAAUAUGCCAUUGCAAUAGUUGCAGUUGUGUGGUUCAGUGCUGCUGUUUGUUUUUUCAUAGCAUUACCUACCCAAUCUUGGCUUUGGUUAAUCUCCAUCUUCAACACAAUUCAAGUAUGCAUGACCCUCAUCAAAUAUUGUCCCCAGGCAUUCAUGAACUUCUUGAGAAAGAGCACAGAUGGAUUUAGCAUUGGCACUAUUCUCCUUGAUUUUUCAGGAGGGAUCUUUAAUUAUUCACAAAUGGUUGUGCAAUCUAUAGAUCAAGGUUCAUGGGUAAAUUUUUAUGGAAACAUUGGUAAAGUAAUGAUAUCCUUGGUAACUAUAUUCUAUGAUUCAAUUUUAAUGUGUCAACAUUAUGUACUAUACUCUCACAAGAAAUUGCAUACUUCUAAAAAUCCAGAAGAAAUACAGAAACCACUUAUCAACUCAAGUCCAUUAGAUCAACAAAUCCAUAGCUCAGUAUGAAUCUUGUCACCCUCUACCAGAAGUUGGAGGUUCUUUGACCAUAUAGGAUACAAAAUUAAACCAAAAUCAAUCAAUAUUCCUUGUAUAAAUGUUUGUUUGAAAAUUAUAUUGUCAAUAAAACCAUCGUGUAUAUAUUAUUUA